AUGAAUCGAUUCAGCUCUUCGCAAAGGUCACUCACUGGCGCCCUUUUCUUGGUGCUGUUACUAUGUGGUUUUGUGUACCACCGAAAACUAAAUGACGGCAUUUCCAUCAUUUCGUCGGAGUCAACAAGUAGCUCCAAGAAGGCCCCGGUUGGGGAUUGCGCCGUCGAUCUCGAAUAUCUAAGAUCACUGGGCUUCAAUCAUUCGGUGGAUUAUGCCCGAUGGAAUAUCCGAGUGACUGAGUCUAAGAAGUUUACGGAAUUCUCGGAAAGUCUGGAUGUCCCAGUACCUGACUUCAAACGCCUUGAGAUAGAUGCGGACCCCGCUGCCAAUACUGUCCCUCUGGCACAAUGUCCCCGGGGUGGUGAACAUCGAAGCCCCGAAGCGCAAAGCCCCGACAAUUCCUUGGAAGCCAUCGCACGAUGGGCAGGCGGUACCAAAGCUCGAGUUAUCGCCCUAGUUGAGAGCGAUCCCAGCCUUAAUAUGACCGCAGUAAUGCAACACGCGACAGAGUUAGAUGUCACUCUCCAAAUCCUGGAAAACGACGAGGAAUUCCUAGACCGUUACUAUCGACUCACGCGAAUUAUUUACGAACUACACGACGAGUCAACACAGUGGGGUGUCAUUAUCGACGACGACACUUUCUUUCCCAACAUGGAGGGCCUAGUCGCUCAACUCGCCACCUACGACGCAACUAAACCAUACUAUAUUGGAGCACCAACCGAGAAUAUGAAUCAAAUGGCAUCCUUCACUUAUAUGGCAUAUGGAGGCGCUGGUGUUUUCCUCUCUAUGCCCUUGCUGCAGGAAAUUGACGCCCACUUCGACGACUGCUUCGAGUACAAGGAUCACGGCGACAAGCGUGUGUCCAAGUGCAUCUACAGACACACUACUACGAAACUCACCUGGGACCGACACCUCUUCCAACUCGACCUCAACCCGGACGGAUCCGGUUUCUACGAGGCCGGACGCCAACUACCUCUAUCUGUGCAUCACUGGAAAUCCGAUCAAUGGUUCCCCGUCAACAUCGUCGGCAUGAGCAAAGUCUCCGACGUCUGCGGCAUUAAUUGCCAGCUUCAACGCUGGAGAAUUACGGAUGACUGGUACUUCAUCAAUGGGUUCUCGCUGGUCCAGUACUCUGGCCCACAAUCGCCAGAGGACCUUGCUUCUAUGGAACAGACGUGGUCGUACUUUGAUUGGACCGAAGACGAAAACUACGAGUACAGCUUGGGACCUUUGCGUCCACGAGACAAUGGAAAGGUAUCCUACCGUCUCUUGGACGCUGUUUCUGAAAACAAGCAGGUUCGCCAGAUCUACCUCCGCCAGAUAGACGAGUGGGACUUUGACUUUGAAGAGGAUGAGCCGGAGAGCCCUCAAUUGUUGGAGGUUAUUUGGACGCUGGCGAACUAA